AUGAGGUAUCGGGUGCAUCUAAUUGCAGUAGCCCACGAAACUGCCGAUCCUGAUCGCUGUACAUCUAGCCAAAGACGUCCCCGGCCGCGUCAGCGGCGGGACCGACGGGGUCGCCGGGGGGGGGGGGGGGGGGGAUUUCGGCCUGUAGGGUCCGCGGGGCGCGGAGGUAAGGGGACCGCUACACGCGGGGGGGGGGGCUCGGGCUGCCCAGUGCAGACCCGUGCCACUCUCCGUAUGCCGGGCGUGCACCGUGGACGCUGGGUGUGCUUGUGCCAGGCCCACCAGAGCCGAGUAAGGGCUACUCCUAACGCGGGGCGCUGCGGGCGCCUCGCAACCCUGACCGGACGGGCCCACGAAGCAAAAGAGGGGGGGGGGGGGGGGGGGGGGGGGGGGGGGGGGGGGGGGGGGGGGGGCGGCCCAGCCGAUGUCUGA